AUGAAGCAGAAAAAAUCAUCUGAUAAGAACUAUGUCCCUCUUAGUUACUAUGAAAUUUCAUUUGCUUCUCUGCUUGCAGUUUUUGUGUGUGUUUGUGUUGGUUUGAUUGUGCUUUCAUGGUUAUCAAUCCAGGAGUUAAAACAAGUUGAAGUAGAUGUGAAGACUCAUGGCUACAUGGGAACAUUUAUAAUACUCUCUGGGGUAUCAUUCACUCCGUCUUUACUAAACAGAUCAUCAGCUGAUUUCAAAGUCCUUGCCUUUGAUGUUGAACAACUGAUACAAGAAGUCUUUCAUGCAAGUGAUCUAAAAACUGAUUUUGAAAGAUGUGAAAUUUCCCGGUUCAAGAAAUCUGAAAACAGCUAUGAAAGAUUCAAGAAGUCAGAGACCGGUGUUAUUGUGAUCUUCAGUCUUUAUUUCACCCAUAUGAUAACAGCUGAGAAAGUAAAAGAUGAGCUGGUUUGGGGUAUCAAAGCAAAUAAAAAUAGUCUUACCCAGACUUUGAAAAUCGAUGUGGACAGCAUACAAGUCACAGUAGCUGCUGAAAAUCUGACUACAAUGAUGCCUUUAACUUCAUCAGGUCCAGGACAGCUCACCACAAGCAAGUCCUCAAUAACUGCAGGCGAGUGUUUGCCACCUGCUGAACUUUGUGAUGAUGGUAUAACCUGCAUUAGAAAAGAUUUAUUUUGUGAUGGAUUCUUGGACUGUCCGGAUGGUUCAGAUGAAUCUGAAAAAAUAUGUGCUUCAGUUUGCGAUGGAAAAUUUAUGUUGACAGAUUCCUUUGGGUUCUUUCAUUCUAUGAAUUAUCCAAAACCAUAUAAUGCGAACAUAGUUUGCCAAUGGAUUAUACUAGUGCCUCAAGGGUUAUCCAUUAAACUGAACUUCACUUCUUUCGAUACACAAAAGUAUGCAGACUACUUAAAUAUUUUUGAAGGUAUAGGACAAAAAAAGACUUUAAGAGAUUCUCUGUCAGGGUCUAAUCCUGAGACAAUUUACAUUUUUUCUCACGAGGCUACAGUGCAGUUUAUAUCUGAUUAUUCUGAAAAUCACAAUGGCUUUAAUGCAACCUACACUACAUUGAAUGCAAGUGAACUGAACAAUUAUGAGAAAGUCAAUUGCACUUUUGAAGACGGCUUUUGUUGCUGGAUACAAGAUUUAGAUGAUGAUUCAGAAUGGAAGAGAGUCCAAGGCCCUGCCUUUCCCUUUUUGAGUGGUCCUGAUUUUGAUCAUACAUUUGGCAAUGAGUCAGGAUUUUAUAUUUCAACAUUCACUGGACUUCGGUUUGGCCAAGAGAAAGUCCGGAUUCUGAGUUUACCUUUGGUGUCUUCAGAUCCAUCUUGCUUAAGCUUUUGGUAUUUCACGUACAGUACUAAUGCUUAUCGUUUAAGAGUUAGCAUAAGUAAUGUGUAUGGUUUGGAAAAGAUAGUUUUUGAGAAAGAAGGAAACUAUGGAAACAACUGGAAUUAUGGACAAGUAACUUUAAAUGAAACAUCUAAUUUUAAGGUAAUAUUUGAUGCCUUUAAAAGGCGUGGUUCUAGUGAUAUUGCCUUGGAUGAUAUAGGUCUGACAAAAGGAGAGUGUAAUGAGAGUAUUUACAUAGACCCAACUGCAAUUCCGCCUGUUACUACUACCCCUCCAGUUCCCACCGACUGUGGAGGGCCAGUUGAACUAUGGGAGCCAAACAGUACAUUCAGCUCUGAAAACUUUCCCGACUUCUACCCUAAUCGAGCUUUUUGUGUGUGGUACUUAAACGCUGAAAAGGGAAAAAACAUUCAACUUCAUUUUCAGGUUUUUGAUCUGGAAAAUAUUAAUGAUGUUGUUGAAAUCAGAGAUGGCAGAGGAUCAAACUCCUUACUACUGGCUGUCUAUACAGGACAAGACCCAUUGCCAGAUGUCUUCUCUACAACAAAUGAGAUGACAGUAAUACUCAUAACGAACAAGUCCAUAACAAAGAAAGGUUUUCUUGCAAACUUUACUACUGGCUAUCAUCUAGGAGCUUGUGCAAUUGAUGAGCAUCAGUGUGGCAGCGGGGAGUGCAUACCAUUGCACAACUUUUGUGACAGUCUACCUCAGUGUGAAGAUGGCUCUGAUGAAGCAAAGUGCGUGAGAUUGCUUAAUGGUUCUCCAAGCACUGAAGGCCUAGUAGAGGCCAGGAUUGGAAAGACAUGGCACCUGGCAUGUGCAGAUGAUUGGGAUGAAGAGAUUUCAGACAGUGUUUGCCAGCUGCUGGGCUUAACGGAUGCAAAUAUGUCAUCAACUAUUUUAUUCACUGGAGAUGGCCCAUUUGUCAAUAUCACCAAAGCAGCUAACCACAGCCUAAUAUUUACAAAAAGAGAACACUGUUCAAAGAACCUGGUGGUUCAUCUGCAAUGUAACAUUGAACCUUGUGGAAAACAGCUGGUAACUCAGACCAAUGGAGCAAGGAUUGCAGGUGGAAAUGAUGCCAGAAGAAUGGCUUGGCCUUGGAUAAUUUCACUCCAUUUUAAUUCCAAACCUCUUUGCGGAGCUUCCCUCAUCAGUCAUGAAUGGCUGGUGACAGCAGCACACUGUGUAUAUGGGAGGCAAUUAAAACCAUCCCAAUGGAAAGCAGUUCUUGGCUUGUAUGACCAAUCAGAUACAACAGAGCCUUCAAUAGUGGUUCAAAUCAUCGAUCAAAUAAUUAUAAAUCCUCAUUACAUGAAGACUACAAAAGAUAGUGAAAUUGCUCUCAUGCACCUUCAGAACAAAGUUCAAUAUACAGAUUACAUACAGCCUAUCUGCUUACCAGAAAAAAAUCAGCAGUUUUUACCAGGAAUUCACUGCUCUAUUGCUGGCUGGGGUGGAAUUACGAAUGGAGAUUGCAGUUCAAAUAUAUUGCAAGAAGCAGAGGUACCUCUCAUUUCAAAUGAAAAAUGCCAACAAUGGAUGCCAGAAUACAGUAUUACUGAGAAUAUGAUCUGUGCAGGAUACGAGAUGGGAGGAGUAGAUUCCUGUAAGGGAGAUUCAGGUGGUCCUCUGACAUAUGAAGAUGGUAACAAGUGGGUUUUGGUUGGUGUAACAUCAUUUGGCUCUCCGUGUGCACUUCCCAAACGUCCAGGAGUGUAUGUUCGAGUCUCCAUGUUUGUGGACUGGAUCAAAAAUAUCAUCUAUUAGCUUGAUACUUUUCAAUGCAGUUCUGUUGCCACUAAUGGACCAUGCCCUGGAAAUACCUCUUGUUUUUCUGGAAGCCUCAAUAAAAUUUGGGAAGCCCCAGAGGAAAUACCAGCAUGA